GUUUAUCGGUGACACACUGGGAACAGCUGUUUUGACCGGCUAGCAGCUAGUUAACGUUAAUAUUACUGUCAACCGUCCUUUAUAUUUCACAGGUUGACUGAGCUGAAGACUGUCACCAUGGAGCCUGCCUGCCGUAAAGACAAGCCGAAGCUGAACUCCACCCCGACCAGAGGAGACCGAGCCAAGCAGAAAUCUGCACAGCAAGAGCUCAAACAGAGGCAGAGAGCAGAGAUCUAUGCUUUGAACAAGGUGAUGACGGAGUUGGAGCAGCAGCAGUUUGAGACCUUCUGUAAACAGAUGCAGUCACAAGGAGAAUGAGAGUUCCUCCUUCCUACAUCAUGUAGAUCUGCACCUGGAUCCGUCUUCCUCCGAAAAACAGCACGUACAUGCAAACUUGAACCCAACCACACACUUACAAACAAACAGUAUAGUUGGGUAGAUUUGUGGUGCUGUCUCACAUCCUGAGAAGACUUGAAAAACACACAGAAGGCCAUUGUUUUCUAAUAUUGAAUCAGACAAUCUUUGCUCCUGUUGUUUUACUGACUUUCCUCUGAUUUUUUUAACCUGCUUGAAUAUGCCAGAGAGUUUUUUUAUUUUUUAUUUAUAAGCUGCACCAUUAACUGAAAGCAAACAUUGAGAACGGGAUGCAGAUUUGCAUAUUUCCUACAAACACAUUAGGUCACUGACUUUUCCUUCAAUACUUCACUUUGUGUUUCAUUUAUGUCACGGUUAAACUGAGCUUGCAUGCUCUGUGUAUAGUACUUUUAGUAUAUAAUACAAUAUAGUAUUGUACCUUUUGUACAUGUGUUGAGUUCUUGAAGAUGCCCAGGUCAAAAACAGAUAGGAGCUGUGUAAACUCACUCACAGAUACCAGUGUGAAUAGCUCAGGAUACACCACUUCUCACUUAAGAUGUAAAUAGGGCCACAUUAAAUGAUUUGCUGUCAGUAAGUGAGUCCAAAAUCAACAUUUCUUCAUGUAGAAAGUCUGUUCAUCACAUUCUAAUCAGCUUAGAUUUGAUCACAUUGGAUAACAUCACUUACACUUAAGAAAAGAACAUGAGCUUCCCACUGGAGUCCUUGUUCUCACUCAUUGUCAUGGAUCCAGUAUUGGUUAAGAAACCCCUGAGAACAAUAGGAUAAUGGAUAAUCUGUUGUCCAGUGCUUGGCAGGUAGCAUUCAGUUGGUUUCUUUUAAGAGUCUGCACAAAGAAACAUCAAAUGUGCAACAUGGCUUAAACAAGCAAUCUGACUGCUACCUGCUAAUGUGCAGUGAUCUCAAGUGAGACAUAAAUUUUAAGCUCCUGCUGACUACAAAACAUCCACUCAUGUGAAAAUAGGUAAGUUUUUAUCUUUAACCAGCAUAAGACGUGAAAGGAGGUGAGGCUGCAGUUUGAUUGCAUUGCUAAGGUCACAUUUUUGUUGAUUUACAGUAAUAGUCGAAAGUUUGGACACACUUUCUCAUUUAAAGGAAUGGGAAGGUGUGUCCAAACCUUUGACUGGUACUGUAAAUAAUGUAGACUGUAGGGCUAGACUGACUGAUAUUGGCCAUGACAGAGACAAUAACUUCAGCUACUAUUGGCAGACUACAACUGCAGCCACAGCUAUCGACAAGUUGGAACAGCAAUACAGCAAGAGUUUGUUUUCCAGCCAUUCAUGAACAUUUCUUAAUGUAGCUAUAGAAUAGACAGUGCCCUUAAUGUGCCAGUGUUAAUGGUGCUCCCUUUGAACACUAUGUUAUGAAUGACAUUGUUUGCAUUGUACGCCAUUUGGCCUGUACAUGAAGUAAUAUUGCAUUUUAUUGUUACAGACACUCUGAACAACUUCUUUGAUUUCAUGAAAAUAAAAGAUUU